CACACACACACACAGAUUUAGUUGAUUUCUUUAAUAAAUUGCAUCGACUGCUCUAAAAUAUGAGGCACCCAUAUUUCAGGAGUUUAGGACACAGAAUAGUACAAAUGCUCAUUCGAUAACUGUGUUAUUUCCUAUUUCGAUUUAUGUAGGCUAUAUGCUUUAUUUUUUAAGAUUAACUGUUUUUUCCCCCAAAGGCAUUGUUAGAUGCCAGUGUUUCAUGUCAAAGAUACACAAAGAUUUGAUUUAAAAAACGGCAUCACAGCUAUUAUAACAACUCCAUCUUGUUAUAAUUUUAAAUCUGCAUUUAACCCCAGAACAACCUCAGAGUAAACAUAGCUGCUAAAGUCUGAUUCUGUGGUGACCGUGCUUUCAAAUUAAAUUAUAAUAAUCUUAAUUCAAGCGAUGAAGGAUUCUGAAAGUCUGACAGUAAUCAGUGUUGAGUACUGCUCCAAGGUUAACCCCUGCCUGCUCCUUAAAUGUUUCAAAAUGAUUAACACCUGAAAACAUUCUAAUUUAUCAAAUGUAAUUUUGAUGUUAGUUACAUCACUUGGUAACAUUUUAAUGCGUCCUUGUUACACGUUACAUGUAGUCUGUCUACUAUUUUAAUUAUGCAUAAUUACAUCACAAGCCAAACCCUAACCCUAUGAUAUGGUAGCUAUACAUAAUUAAUAGUAGGCUACUCAGUAGCAAGGACACCUUAAUAUAAUGUGUGACCCAUUACUUUACUAAAUUAAUUGAAAUAGUUACACUUAUUAUAAUAGGGUAAUUUGUAAUCUGUAACCUAUAACAUUCCCAACAGUCUCUUCUCCCGUCAAUGAACGCGACGGGCGGGGGCAGCGGAAGUGCGACCGGACCAUCUGAUCUUUGUCCUACGUAACACCGUCGCUCCGCCUCGCUCUCCUGUCGGACCGUUUCCCUAUCGCAUCCAUUUUUGUGCAUUCAAGAAAUCUCUCGGAGUUAGUAGCAGUAGCAGGAGGGAAUCGCAGGGAAGCGCGCCGACAACCGCAAUAAGGGCCAUGGGUUAGACUGCAUUCACCAUGACUGCGAUUUAAAAGCAUCCGCACCUGAAGAUGUCAGCUUUGGGGGCCCCUGCGGCUCCCGCUCCGCCGGACCUGAGCCACCUCACCGAGGAGGAGAGGAGGAUCAUCCUCUCGGUCAUGGAGCGGCAGAAGAAAGAGGAGGAGAAAGAGCAGUCCAUGCUGAAGGAAGCUCCUAAAGAAGACACAAAGCCUCAGCCAGCUCAGUGGAAUCCUUUCAGUGGAAUCACUGAGCUGGUUAGUAAUGUUCUUCAGCCCCAGUCAAAGUCCCCCAGUGAGGAGCAGCCCAAGCCGAAGCUGCACCAGCAGUUUGAGAUGUACAAGGACCAGGUGAAGAAGAUCGGAGAGGAGGCUCCGAAGAACCCGGAGCAGAAGGGAGACUCGCCCACUUGUGGGAUCUGCCACAAAACCAAGUUUGCCGAUGGCUGCGGCCGCGUCUGUUCUUAUUGCCAAACCAAGUUCUGCGCGCGCUGCGGAGGACGCGUCUCGCUCCGCUCCAACAAAGUAAUGUGGGUAUGCAACCUGUGCCGAAAACAACAAGAAAUCCUCACCAAGUCGGGAGCGUGGUUCUACAGCGGUCCUGAGGGCUCCAGAUCAGGGCCCAAAGCCAAAGUAAGGGGAGGCCCACCCAGAGAAAACCAAGACCCUCUCAGAAACGGUUCAGGGAUCCCAGGCAGAAACAGAAGCCCAUCAGCAUCCAGGGACCCCAACGCAGCAUAUAACCAAAGGGAGGGGGAAGGAGGACUGCAGUAUGCCCCGGCUGAAGGAGGCAUGCCCCGCUCUCCGUCCGACUACGGACGUGACCCUGGCCAUUCGCCAAGGAGUUCAAGAAUGUACAAUGAGGUGGACGGUCAUCAACACAGCCAAGAACGCUGGCACUCACAAGGCCAACGUAUGGACGGCCAGCUAGAGGACUAUGAACUCCAAAGACGCCGUGAGGAGGAAUACCAGACCCGAUACCGCAGCGACCCCAACCUGGCACGCUACCCAGUCAAACCCCAGCCCUACGAGGAGCAGAUGCGCAUCCAUGCCCAGGUGUCACGGGCUCGGCAUGAGCGGCGUCAUAGUGACGUUUCGCUCGCUUAUACAGAACAUGAUGAGCCUCUGCAUGGGCCUGGUGGGCGGCAGUCACGCCUCCCUUUGUUGGGAGGCCCAAGUCAACGCUCGUACUCCAUGGACAGGAGUUUACUGGGACAUCGGAUGACGAAUCAUAGCCCACCAACACCACACCGCAGCCCCGUUCUGGGCGAUAGCCGGCGAGGACUGGCAGAGCCAACGAGGAAACCCAUUCUCCAACAGCACCACUUGGACCCUAGCUCAGCCAUGCGCAGGAACAAACAGGACAAAAUGGAUAGCAUUCUACGAAAUGAUUCUCUAAGCUCGGACCAAUCCGAGUCAGUUCGGCCUCCUCCACCUCGACCGCACCGCAGCAAACGCCUUGGCAAGCUCAGAACCAUGGGUAGCUUCAGCAGCUCAGAAGAGGAGCUGGCAACCACACCAGAGUACACCAGCUGUGAGGAUGUAGAGCUGGAGAGUGAGUCCUUCAGCGAAAAAGGAGAUAUGGAUGGUCACUGGUGGGACCAUGCGUCUUGGCAUAGCGAGGCCUCCUCAAUGUCUAUGCACCCGGUGACAUGGCAACCAUCCAAAGAUGGAGAGCGCCUAAUAGGGCGGGUAGUGCUAAACAAGCGGAUGAAAGAUGGCACGGUGCCCAGAGACACGGGGGCACUGCUGGGCCUCAAGGUGGUGGGAGGGAAGAUGACAGAGUCUGGCAGACUUUGUGCUUUCAUUACGAAGGUGAAGAGAGGAAGUCUAGCUGACACUGUCGGCCAUCUCCGACCAGGUGAUCAGGUCCUGGAGUGGAACGGGAGGGUCUUACAGGGAGCCACAUUCAAGGAAGUUUACAAUAUCAUUCUAGAAUCCAAGCCAGAGCCGCAGGUGGAGCUAGUGGUCUCGCGGCCCAUCGGAGAUGUCCCUAGAAUACCAGAGAGCACACAUGGACAACUUGAAUCAAGUUCAAGUUCCUUUGAAUCCCAAAAGAUGGGUCCGUCCAUCUCUGUCACGUCCCCCAUGAGUCCUGGCAUGCUCCGGGACAACCCUCAGUAUCUGUCCGGACAGCUCUCAGUCAAGCUGUGGUACGAUAAAGUAGGACAUCAGCUCAUCGUCACUAUCCUGGGCGCCAAAGACCUGCCUUCACGAGAAGACGGGCGACCCAGGAAUCCAUAUGUCAAAAUCUACUUCCUCCCCGACAGAAGCGAUAAAAGCAAGAGGAGAACGAAAACAGUGAAGAAAUCUCUGGAGCCCAAGUGGAACCAGACAUUCAUGUACUCACCGGUGCACAGACGAGAGUUCAGGGAGCGCAUGCUGGAGAUCACGCUGUGGGACCAGGCCAGAGUCCGAGAGGAGGAGAGCGAGUUCCUGGGAGAGAUUCUGAUCGAGCUGGAGACGGCGCUGCUGGACGAUCAGCCUCACUGGUAUAAGCUCCAAACACACGACGUGUCCUCGAUGCCGCUGCCGAACCCCUCGCCCUACAUGCAGAGACGCCUCCUGCACGGAGAGAGCCCCACACGCAGGUUACAGAGGUCACAGAGAAUCAGUGACAGCGAGUUCUCUGAUUACGACUGUGAAGACGGGAUUGGUGUUAUCUCAGAUUACCGGCACAAUGGCAGGGAUUUCCAGAGCUCCACUCUGUCUGUCCCGGAGCAGGUGAUGUCGUCCAAUCACUGUUCCCGAUCGGACAUGACCCGCACACGCUCGCGCUCACCCAGCGUGCCUCCACCGCAAAGUCGAAGUUUAGACCACGGUGUGAGAGGAGGACACUCGCUUUACGGCCCCCGACAUCGCCUGUCUGAAGACAGAUACUCACCAGACAGUAUGUACCCCCUCUAUCGGGAGGACGCGGUCAGGUUACUGCGCUCCACUAAGAUGGCCCGUGCAUACUCAGACGGGGCUUACAAUAGCAUGGACAGGAGGAUGAGGAGAGAUAGACAAAUGUCUGCCUACAGUGACUCAUACGAAUCUCCUGAGAGAUAUUACAAUGGGCCCAAUCAUGUAUCUACUCCGUGGCCCAAUCAUGUCAUGAAUGGAAACGGUGGAGACUACAGUAGGACGUGCCCCAGGAUAGAAAUUGAGCCUUCUACGGAUACAGAAAGAGAGGACAAUAUCCCAGAGUUCCCAGCUAGCCAUGAACACUAUGAGGAAGAUCUGAGGUAUAGCCGCAGCAUGGUGGACAGACAUGAGCAUUACAGGUCCAGGUCAGCUGACCAGCGGCCCAUGAUGGAGCGACCAGUCUACACGCGCUCCCGCUCAUCCGAGCGGCCCGACUCCGGCUACAUGAGAUCCAUGCCGUCCUUACCAUCAGGGAGAUCCGCCCCUCCCUCUCCUGCCUUAACGAGGGCAAACAUCCGCACCGGAUCCGUCCAAACAAGCCCCACCAGCACGCCAGUAUCGAGUCGAAGAGGUCGGCAGCUACCGCAAGUCCCUCCGAAGGGCUCUGUGGACAGAAAAGAUGGCGAGGGCAUUACCGAGCCUUAUGAAGCAGGAACAGGGGCGGUACCUCAGCCUCCUGCUCCGCCCCCUGUUCUGUCCCAGCUUCCACAGACUCUGGCUGCGGUGGGAGGGGCUUCACAACCCCUGGCCCCGCCCCCUCCACCUCCACAAGGCACACAAGCAAUGGCUGCUCAUAUGGGGAUGGAGUCUCCUGUCCCGGGCCCUGUUGCCACCCAUGCCCCUGUACCUCCUCCUGCACAUGCUCCUCCCACUCCCGCACACGCCCAUCUACCUUCUUCAGUUUCCACUCCCCCACCCACACCUGCCCCUCCCUCACAAGUGCAUGCUCCCCCCCCUCCAGCUCCUGCCCCUCCUCCUCCUCCUCCUCCUCCUCCUGCUGCUGCUCCAUCAUCAUCAUCCUCACCGCUCGUCUCGCAGGCUUCUGUGCCAGAAUCCCAGGAAAAGUCUGUAGCUCCCCCACCUGUCAAUGGGAGGAAAGGCAAGUGUGUGUGUGAGCGUGUGAAUCUCUCCGUGAUGUUAUACUGUGUGUUUGUGCUGGAUAGAUUUAGUACAAGUAUAUAUUGUAUAAAUUUGCAGUACUUACCGUUUGUACGGUUGUCAUCAGAUAUAUAUGACAGUGAUGUAAGCGACGUGUCCGCUAUGUCGAGCGCAUCUCGGCUUAGCAGCACGAGCUACAUGUCUGUCCAGUCAGAAAGGGUGCGAGCGAGCCGCAAGAUCAGUGAGUUUACAUCUAAAAUGAAACACAGGGCUCAGACAGCCACCCCGGGGUCCAACAUCACCAAGAGCUCCAGUGUGGGUGGAGACAUGUGCUCACUGGGCAGGAACGACGACGAUGACGAUGACAAGAAGAGGCGCUCCAGUUUCGGAGCCAAGAUGGCCGCCAUGGUGGGACUGGGGAAGAAAAGUCAAAGCACCUCCCAGCUGGACCCGGAGGAGGAGGGUAAGAAGAAGAAGCCGGUGCGUCUGGCGAUCCAGCGGAGCGUAGAGACUGGUUUAGCCGUCGAGAUGAAGAGCAGGAUGACACGGCAGCCCAGCCGAGAGACCACAGAAGAGGGGGAAAAGGCAAAACCUGGAAAUCUAAUCUUCCCUGGAGUGAAGAUCUCAUCAGAUAGCCAGUUCACUGAGUUUUUGGAUGGUCUUGGCCCCGCCCAGCUCGCAGGGAGACAGACACUGGCCACGCCCCCAAUGGGUGACAUCCAGAUCGGUAUGGUACACAGGAAGGAGAGGCUGGAUGUUGAAGUUAUUCGGGCUCGAGGCCUGGUGGGCAAACCAGGGAACAAACAGACGCCAGCACCUUAUGUAAAAGUAUAUCUGCUGGACAACGGGAAGUGCAUCAACAAAAAGAAAACUCGGACGGCGAGAAAAACACUGGAUCCUCUUUAUCAACAGCAGCUUCAGUUUGAGGAGAAUCCUGAGGGGAAGGUUUUACAGAUCAUUGUUUGGGGGGACUAUGGACGCAUGGACCACAAGUCCUUCAUGGGAGCCGCCCAGAUCCUGCUAGACGAUUUAGAGCUGACCAACAUGGUGAUUGGCUGGUACAAGCUCUUCCCUCCCACCUCAUUAGUGGACCCAACCUUGGCACCUUUAAGUAGUAAACCUCCAGAUUCAAGCCUGGACAGUUCCAACGUUCGGUCGUAGCGGCACGAGGAGGUGAGCGGUAGAGAGCGGCGUGAGUAGCUCCAGCUACAGACAGAGAGGAGACGGUCUCGACGGGUCACGUCCUGGUUACACUGCAUGCUUGAUGUUGUGUCCUCUGAGCCCGUGCGACAAGAGGCUAAGAAAAGGCCUGCGUCCUUCUGCCAAAAAAAAAAAAAAAAACAAAUAGACGAAAAGAAAAUGUAUGCUGCUAUCGCACGCAGGGAAAGAACGCCACAGAAAAAGUCUCUCCGUUCAGCUGAAGAGAUGCAGCCAGGGAUUCGGCGGAGACUGACUCUUAACCGUAGGACGUUAAGAGUGCUGAUUUCCACCGGAGAGUGAAGAUGCCGUUUUACUCUGGCUGCUUCCUCUCUGUUGUAUUCAAAGAGAUGUCAGUGUUUCUUAACUACAGUAGCGUAGUAGCCAUUACUGUAAGCCAAGCUGUCAAAAGAAGAUCCAUAAAGAGAGAAGUGCUUGGCUAAGAUGGGACAGGAAAGCGAAAGGGUAACCUCAGAGACUUGACGUUCUCAUGGGAAUGACCCUACAUCAAGCCAGAUCUCCACUGGAUUGAUUUUCUUAGUUCGGUGAUGAGGAUAUGGGUAUGGAUAUGGGGGGAGGGGAGAAAAAAAUAAUUAAAUAAAUAAUGGACCUUUUUUGUGCUCCGGUAUGAUGUUCUCUUUGUUGAUGUACUGUAUGAAAUUUAUGAGAUUAUUUUUUUCUUUUUUCUUUUUGCAUGGAUGCAGAGUUGUUUAAAAAAAAAUCGGAAGUUUAUUUUCCUCAAGACUUGCAAAAAACAAAAAUCAAAAAAAAAAAAAAAAAGAGAGAGGAAGAAUCUUAUUUAAGGAUGACCAGAUCAGCCAUUUUCAACAAUUUGUAUUAUUUUUAAUAUGAAAUUCUCUAGUGCAUGAUUUUCAAAGAGACUGAAUGCAAAAUGAUAACGAUGUGAUUGUCGUCCUUUAGAAUAUUCUUCUGUAUUUUUACAGAUCUCGGUUACAGGUGUGGCCUGAUGAGAAUUUGUAUCUCAUAUUGUAAACAGAAAAAAGCAAGGGAUUGUCGAGGAUAACAAUAAAUGUACAAUAUUGAUUUCGAUAUAAAAACGAACAAGAAAAUUGUACAUUUCUCCCUUCAAAUGCAGCCAUAAUUCUGUGUUCAUGUGGAGACGGAGCUGUAGAUUAUGGGUCUGUCAUGAUUCCACUGUUCUGUUACAAGAGAAUGGCUCAUUUACUCAAAGCAAGCAUGUUGAAAAGGGUCUGCAACAUGGAUUGAGCACACCGUCUGAGUAAUACAGCAUGUUUUGAUAGAGACAUCUGGGAAUUUUUCGCAGUUUUGUGUACAGUGCAUGUGGACCAGAGGCUGGGCCGUCCCCUGAUCGAGUGUCGACCACAGAUUCAGGUCGGGGUCGAGGUUUUGUGGCCGACGGUUCAGACAUUCAACGCAACAUUCCACCUCUUGGCACUCAUCUUUUCUUGACGUUUUGAAAAGAAGAAAAAAAGGAAAAGAAAAUCAAACAGACAAAAGAAAUCUAAAAAAACAAGAGGGAAAAAAGUUAAGAAAAUUUAUAUUUAUUCAAGUUUGACUUGAAACAAGGUUGCAAGUAUAUUUUAUUUUAUUAUUGUUAUAAAGAAAAUGUUCUAAAAACGGAUCCCAUUGGAUGGUGCUGUACGAAGUCUCUGAACUCGGAGAGGACUGGACAAUGUUCAAUACAACAGACACUGGUUGACGAAUGAGGAGCGAGUCACAGUUUGUGGAGAUGGGAAAAUUGCCACACAAUAUGAAUUUUUAAUUGUUUCUUGUUUUGAGAGAAUAAAAUUCAUUUACUAA